GUUUGAGUAUCAUUAUUUAUACAUCACGAAGACUGAUUGCAAGGAACCAUUAACUUGCAGAUCCAUAGUUGAUGAGAAAUGGAAUCCAUGAAUAAAAGUGGAAUUCAUGGCGAUCAAGAAGUGACCAUGGCUGAGCUAACGCGAGGCCACGGCCAUCUUUGGAACAUCACCUUCAGCUACGUCAACUCCAUGGCCCUCAAGUGUGCCGUCGAGCUCGGCAUCGCCGACGUAAUCCAUCGACAUGGCCAGCCUCUUCCUCUCUCCGUUCUGCUUACCAAGCUCUCCAUUCUCCCUUCAAGAACCGACUCAUUCCGCCGCCUCAUGCGCUUGCUCGUCCACUCCGGGCUCUUCGCGAGCUCCACUGCCGGCGAUGAGGAAGAAGAGGCCUACGCCCUCACCCCCAUCUCUGCCUCCUUUCUCGUGACCAGCAAAGCAGACAACAUGUCCCCGUUCGUGCUCACCAUUCUCGACCCGGUAAUUGUCAACCCCGGGCACUGCUUGAGCAGGUGGUUCACCUCCGCCGCCGAACCACCCACCGCCUUCGACCUCUUCCACGGGAAGUCAGUGUUCGAGUUGACCGGAAACAACCCCGAGUUCAACGUUAAUUUCAACCUGGGCAUGGCCGCCGAUGCCAGCUUUAUGGCGAAAUUGAUCCUCAAACAGUACGGCGAAGGAGUCUUCCGGGGCCUGCGAUCGCUGGUGGACGUUGGAGGAGGGAUUGGCGCGAUGGCCACCGCCAUCGCCGAAGCCUUCCCGCAGAUCAAGUGCGCCGUGUUCGAUCUCCCGCACGUUGUGAGUUCGCUGCAGGGAAACCCAACUGUGGCCGCCAUCGCUGGCAACAUGUUCGAGUUUGUCCCCCCUGCAGACGCAGUGAUUCUCAAGUGGAUAUUGCAUGACUGGAACGACGAAGACUGCGUGAGGAUACUGCGAAAUUGCAAGAAGGCGAUUCCUCCAAAGGAGGAAGGAGGGAAGGUGAUAAUUAUUGAAAUGGUGAUGAAAUUGGAAAAUGAGGAGGAUGGACGUAUUCAUGAUGAAACGACAGAGACGCAGCUUCUGUUGGAUGUGCACAUGAUGGUGCCUGCGCCAGGGAAGGAGAGGAGCGAAGCAGAAUGGAAAAGUAUUUUUAUAGCUGCUGGUUUCUCAGACUACACCAUCUCACCAAUCUCGGGCUUGCGUUCUCUCAUCCAGCUAUUCUAUUGACUCUUUAUUAAGAUUACAAUAAGUGUGAUGAGAUUGUAUAGUAGCUAGGAGCUGAAGAAGCUAUUUCACCUUAUCUGCUAAUGCAUCAACCAUCAUAAU